AUGAGUCAUGGAUUAAGUAUUGACACAGAUUACAUCGCUAAUAACAUUCAAACAUAUAUCGAUGAUGGCAUCUUUUUUGAUACUUUUGAAGAAGAUAUCAUCUCUGAAACACUAGCGAAAACUUCACUUAAUUCUCAGAACUUCAUUACUCUUCUCACUCAAGGAAAAUUGAAAUAUAGCUCAUACAAGCUAUUUAAUUGUGUUCGGAAGUGCAGUAUUUGCAUUGGUUCAUUUGACGAAGCAAUUCAAAUUCUCGAGAGCUACAAAAGUUAUUUCAAACUUGAAUCCGCUAAUGGAUUAAUAGAGUACUUGAAGCAAUUCAGAUCAGAACAUGUUUCAGAUUCAAACGAAGUCACAAAAUUACAAACCAAAAUUGAAAAACUCGAAACAAAUUUACAAAAGAUUAAAGAUGAAAAUCAUCAAUACAAAAAUGAAAUAUCAUCUAAAAAUAAAGAAAACAUUCAAUUAAAUCGAUCUAUUAAUAAAUUUCAAGAAAUUACUAAAUUAUUAAACACUGAUGACUUUGAAUCGGCAUACAAAUUCCUCAAAGAACUAUCAACUUAA